GUCGUAUUAUAGCUAACAUACCUACCUGUGUGAUCGGGUCGCUUAUCAGUUGAAGUCGAGGGCUAGGCCUAUCAAUACUCAUAUCUUAUCUACUUACCUGGUCAUUUUUAUUAGAAAACCGUCGUAACGAGUGAAAAUGUUGGGUCCUAUUGCAAGAAUUUCAAACCAGACUGGACGAAAUGUGAUGAAGAACAUCGUGAGAAAUGGAUCCCAUGGAGGAGUGCCGGGCGAAAAUCUUCCCUUCCAAAUCCACAACAGGACACGGUUGACGAUUAAUUUCUUCUUAUUUGUUGGUACUGGCUUAACGGCUCCUUUCUUGGUUAUGUGGCAUCAACUGGCGAAGAAGUAGAGACAACCGAGGCAUCACCAACUGUGAAAUAGAGAAGGAAACGAUGAAAUAUAGAUUGUAGAAUUCAUAAGAAUAAUUUUUAUGUAAGAAAUUAAAUACUGAUUGUGAAAUGCAGUAAAAGUUGUGUCAUUUGUUUUUACGGCAGCGUUCA